AUGUGGCCGUUUGGAGCAAAGAAGUCUCCAGUUCCGUCCACGUUAUCAAGUUACGCUCGGCGAAGGGCGCAAGCGAAGGCCGAGUUGCAAAAGAAGAUUGCAAUCUUGGACAAGGAAGUUAUUGAUCUGCAAGAGUCAAUGCAGAUUACUCAAUGUGAGAUCGAGUCGUUUGAAGAAGAAGUAAAGAGGAAGGCGGACAUUUGUGAGCCGACUCAUCCCCUCCACAACCCAGAAGAACUUGUUAAGUUACACCAAGAAAUUGCUAGAACUAGCUAUGAAUUGGCUGAUAAGAAAAAAAUUGAUGAGCAAGAAGAACAAUAUCUCGGCUCAGAUGAAGAAUUAAGUGAUCCUGAAGAGGAAGAAAUGAGAAAAUUAAGAAAAGAGUUUCAAGAUUGGAAAAGUGGGUGUGGUGUGAGUGCGCCGACCAUUAAAGACGGAUAUUCUCAUGCAAAAAGUGAGUUUAUUUCUAAUCCCACUUCCGCUAUGGAUUCUAUUGUGCAGUCGUUACAAACUCAGAAUCAAGCAUUAAUGAAAGUUUUAAGAAAUAAUCAGCCAUCCCAGUCAUUAACAGAUAAGCUGCUCGUUCGACAGUCGAUUGGACGAGACUUGCCGCUUUUCAGUGGAAGACCUGAAGAGUGGCCUUCUUUCAUCGCCACGUUUAAGAGGACGACUUCAUCCUGUGGGUUUACGGACGCUGAGAAUGUGGAGCGGAUCCGAAAGUGCCUGAGAGGAGAUGCAGCCAAGAGUGUCGAGUGUCUUCUCGUCUCGCCGCAGUCCCUCCCCAAAGUCCUGCAAAUUCUGGAGGAGAAGUUUGGUCAGUCAGAAGUCAUCAUAAGGUCAAUGGUGGCGAAAGCAAAAGUAGUCCCUUCAGUAAAAGAAGAAAAGCCACAAACAAUGAUCGAUUUUGGGACAACUGUUGUAAAUUUAGUUGCAACAAUUAAGAAUUUGGGCGAGCUGGAGCAUCUGAGGAAUCCAGUAUUGACACAUGAGCUGGUGGAGAAGUUACCCUCACAUUUUAGGAUCAGUUGGGAGGAGUCAGUCGUUGCUCUUACCCAUAAAUCAACACUUGAAGAUUUUGCAGAAUGGGUUGAAGCCCGGGUGAAGAUAGCAUGCAGAAUGUGUCCCCCGAAACCGGCUGAAAAUCCCAGUAAGAAAGAAGAGAAUAAGAAGUCUCACGCCAAAGAAGCGAAGGAGACAGAAGAAGGUAUGUGUACCACUGCUGGUCUUUUUAGUGGUCAAGAUAAGAAGAUUCCCUGUCCAUUCUGUAAGAAGACCAACCAUAUGGGCAGAGAUUGCUACCGUGCCGAGAAGAUGACAUGGGAAGAGAAAAGUAAAGUGCUGCGUGAAGGUCGUCUGUGCUUCCGGUGCUUCACUUCCGGUCAUCGUAAGGACUCGUGCAAGGUGAAAAUUAAGUGUGCGAUUUGUAAUGGACCUCACGUUAAGUCAAUGUGUGCAGAGCUACCAUCGAAUCAAAGAAGAAUUCGAAAUGAAGAAGUACAUGAAGAGGAGCAUGCUGUUAACACGACAGCAAAUAACUCCAACCAUACUUGCCGAGGAGAUGUUUUGUUGAAAACGGUCGUUGUUCGAGCCAUUGGUCCAAAGGGGUCAAGUUUAGUCAGGCUGCUGUUCGACGAAGGAAGUCAACUCAGCAAUAUAGGAAGUGCAACAGUGAACAAGAUCGGAAGUCGGCAAGUUGGCGAAGAGUGGUCCCGUAGUGUUCUGUUCGGAGGUGACGUCACUCAAGCGAAGAAAGUGAAGAAGUUUGAAGUGAAGUUGGAAAGUUUAGACGGGAAAUUCAGCGAGAAGUUAGUCUUAAAUGAAACCCCCGUAAUUUGUGGCACGCUCCCUCGAAUACCACACGGACCAUGGGUGCAAGAGCUCAAAAAGAAGAAGAUUUGGAUCAGUGACCUGGAGCAGCGUUCUCUCGAGUCAACUGAUGUCGAGAUACUUGUCGGAAGCGACUACUGGGGGAAGCUGGUGACAAGCAAGCCGUUACAAGUAUUUCAAGACUUAAAUGCAGUCAAGACCAAGUUUGGAUGGACUUUGAGCGGCCCACUUUCAAGAAAAGCAAGCCAAGCAAGUGUAGCUGAUUUAUGGGAUCUUGAAACGAUUGGAAUUCGAGAUCCAGCUGAAACUAAGACGAAAGAAGAAAAUGAUCGAGAAGCUAAAGAAAGCUUUAUUAAGACCAUUUCAAGAAAAGAGGACGGACGUUAUGUCGUGUCAUUACCGUGGCUGGGGACUGGGCAAGAAAUCCCGAAUAACAAGACCACGGCUGAGAAGAGAUUGGUGAAUGCUACCAAUAAAUUAAGUGCAAAAGUUUCAGAUACAAAUAAGAAGAAUAAGUGUUAUUACCUUCCUCAUCGGCCGGUGUUCAAACCGGACAGUUUGACCACGCCGGUCCGCCCCGUCUUUGAUGCAUCGUGUAAGACGGGACGAGCACCAUCAUUGAAUGAAAGUCUGGAGAAAGGACCGAACCUGAUGGAAUUAAUUCCCUCCAUCUUGCUUCGAUUCCGGGAAAAGAAGAUCGGUGCAGUAUCCGACAUCAGAAAAGCGUUCCAGAUGAUUGAAGUUAAAGAAGAAGAUCGCGACUUCCUCCGUUUCCUAUGGUGGGAGGACGCGACUCAAGAAAAGUUAAAAGAAUUAAGGCAUAAGCGGGUUGUGUUUGGAGUUAAUUGCAGCCCGUUCAUCCUGGCUGCCGUGCUGGAAAAACACCUCAAAUCGGUGAAAGAAGAUCUCCAGCCAUUAUCAAGUAAAUUGUUGGGGUCUCUUUAUGUCGACAACUGUGUGACGUCAUUGGACACUUUUAAAGAAUAUGAGAAUUUCAAGACUUUGUCCACCGAGAUCCUCAAGGACGCGAAAAAGGAUUUGCGUCAAUGGAAGCACACCGCUGUGGGGACAUCCGGAAUCGAGUUCAACCCUUACUGCGGAUUGGAUGGCGACAGUGAUGGUGCUCCAAAGGAUUCAAGUUUCAAAACCACAACAAUGGUUUUGGGUCUCGUGUGGGAUAAAGAAGAGGAUACCUUAACCUGCAAGAUAAAGAAUGCAGAUUUGCCAGAUAAGUUGACCAAGAGGGAAAUCUUGUCAAGAGUUCCAAAGAUUUAUGACCCAAUUGGCUUCACAAGUCCAGCCACCCUACAGCCGAAGAUUCUACUGCAAGACGCCUGGGCGCAGAAAUUAGAAUGGGAUAAGGAGUUGCCUCAAGAAAUGCAACAGAAGUUUACGAGCUGGUGUGAAGAAAUUCAGUGUUUGGCAAAGAUAAAGAUACCAAGAUGGGCAUUACUUUCAGCAAGUCUGCUCGAAGAUUUACAAUUUCAUGUUUUUUGUGAUGCUAGCCAAGUAGCAUGCGCCAGUGUCGUGUAUGUACGAAUUGGAGAGAAGGUCCAAGUCCACCUCCUCCAAGCCAAGUCCCGAGUCGCACCACUUAAGAAGAUGACGAUCCCAAGAUUGGAGUUGCUGGGAUGCACAAUUGCGGCUCGUAUGAUGAAGUCCGUCGCCGACGCUUUAUCACUGGACGGUGUGACCACCACUUUCUGGACGGAUUCCACAACCGCGUUGGCGUGGAUCCAGCGAAAUGAUGAUUGGGGUACCUUCGUGGGGAAUCGAGUACGAAGUAUCCUGAAGUUGACAAGUGCUGAGAAUUGGAGACACGUUCCCGGUGUCCUGAACCCAGCGGACCUCCCUUCCAGAGGAUGCGACUCACGAGAGCUUCUGGAAUCGAAAUGGUGGGAGGGACCCGACUGGCUAAAAGAAGAAGAAGAUAAGUGGCCAACCCGAGAAGUUGACCAGAAUGAAGCAGAAGUUGCUGCAGAAAAGAAAGCAACUAAGACCCAGAUGACCACUUCAAGUCAAGUAGCAGAGUCGUGGUAUUUGAAGCGAUUCUCAAGUUUUAAGAAGAAUGUUCGGGUCAUCGGAUGGAGAAGAAGAUUCGUGGAGAAUGCAAGGACAUCUUCACAAGCAAGACUCAGUGGUCCACUUCAAAUUGAAGAGAUCAACAAUGCUGAGAAAUGCAUUAUAAAGAUGAUACAAAAAGAAGUCUUCGGUGGAGUAAAUCCUAUCGGUGGAAUGGAAACUGUGGUGGACGAAGAUGGAAUCAUCCGAGUGGUGACCAAAUUAUUCCACUGUCAAGAACCGGAAGGAUUCCGAAGACCAAUGCUGUUACCGAAGUCUCAUCCAGCUGUAGAAAUGCUGAUUCGAGAAUCUCACUUGGAGAAUUCUCAUGCUGGAGCCCAAUUCCUCAUGGGAAAAUUAAGAGAAGAAUAUUGGAUUCUCCAAGGGAGACAAGCAAUUAAGAAAGUGAUCUCGUCAUGCGUAAGAUGCAGGCGAUUUAGUGCCAAGGAGCCAACGGUGCCACGAGGACAACUUCCAGACAACAGAGUGAAGAUGGGGAAAGUAUUUGAAGUUAUCGGAGUCGAUUACGCCGGCCCCCUCUACUUAAAGGACAAGAGUAAAGUUUGGUUUUGUCUCUUUACGUGUGCGGUGUAUCGAUGUGUCCACCUGGAAGUUGUCAACUCUUUGUCGACGGAGGCGUUCAUCAUGACGCUGGAUCGCUUCAUCGCAAGGAGAGGGCGCCCAUCCGUGAUUUACAGCGACAAUGGUACCAACUUUGUUGGAGCUGUAAAUUUAUUCAAGAAUAUUGACUGGUCUCAGGUUGAGAAAGAAACUGAGACGAAACGAAUCAAGUGGAUUUUUAAUCCGCCAUCGUCGCCUUGGUGGGGAGGAUGGUGGGAGCGGCUCGUCAAGACGGUCAAAGACCUUAUCAAGAGGAUGCUCGGGAAUGCAAGAUUGAAUUUUGAGCAGUUGUCGUCUUGUCUUUGUUCCGUAGAAGCAACGGUGAAUGGACGGCCGCUCACAUUUGUUACAGAAGAUCCGAUGGAUUUAAUUCCCAUUACUCCUGCAAUGUUUAUUCAGGAUGUCCAAGACACGAGUUAUCCCGAGCUCGGAUUAUUGGAUGGGGACAUUUUAAGGAAGAAAAAUCAAGACAUGCAAGUUUUAAGGGGACAGCUUCGAGAGAGGUUUAGAAAAGAAUACCUCAGCCAACUCGUCCAGCGUGGAAGCGAGAAGGGAUCAAGACAAUUCAAGAUCAACGAGUUGGUUCUUGUCGGGAGUGACAACAAGAAGCGUGUCGAAUGGCCCUUAGGAAGGAUUAUUGAGCUUAUGGCAGGGAAGGAUGACAAAGUUCGAGUUGCCCGAGGCAGGACUCGUACAGGAAUCUUCGUUCGACCACUGCAGCGGUUGUACUCGUUGGAAAUCAGCGAUCCAGUUACAGCAUUUCCAGAGUUAAGUCAAGACGCCAAGAAAGAAGAACAGAAGUCAAAAGAGAAGAUAGAAGCCGUCGUGCGAACCAAGAAAGGAAGAGAAGUCAAGAAGCCUCAUCGAUAUGGAAAGUGCAGCGAUGAGUGA